UCUGGCUUGUGUUUCAGACAGAGGCAAUGACUGCGAGCCUUUCGGACGUACGGCGCAGGGGGCCACCAUGACCCCUGCUGUGACCCCAUCAAAGACACUCCAACCUCCCACCAGGCUGCUUGUUAUUGGUUGGUUUGCAGCAUCUACAGGAUGAUUGACAGCUGCCCCUCCUGAUCAACAGGAUGCCUGUGGUGCCAGUGGGCGGGUCAUCCUCCUCCCAACAUGUCGUACCCGUUGCCCUCACCUGCUCCUGGCUGGUUCUGCUCUUCCACGCCGCCUUUGGUCAGAAACCCGCCAAGCUGCCUCUGAUUGGCCGGAAGCCAUUUAUCGCCGCCUGGAACGCCCCAUUGGACAUGUGCACCAUCAAGUAUAACAUCACCACCAACCUUGACCGCCUCUUCCACAUCCAUGGGAGCCCACGUGCUGACUGGACGGGCCAGAACGUCACCAUUUUCUAUGCAAACCGGCUGGGCUACUACCCUCACUACACGCCACAGGGCGUCGCUGUGCAUGGCGGAUUGCCGCAGAACUGCAGCCUGGACCUGCACCUGUUCAAGGCCUACCAGGAUAUCAACCACUUCAUCCCUGCAGAGGAUUUUCGGGGCCUGGCUGUCAUCGACUGGGAGUUUUGGCGGCCUCAGUGGAGUCGUAACUGGCACAAGAAGGACAUCUACCGACGCAAGUCGAAGGAGCUAACCGCCAAGGCGUUCAUUAAUGUGACGGAUGCACAAAUGGAGGAGUUGGCACGGCGGCAGUUUGAAAAAAGCGCCAAGGCCUUCAUGCAGAGGACUAUCCAGCUGGGAACACGCCUCCGCCCCAACGGCCACUGGGGUUUCUAUCUCUACCCUGACUGCCACAACUACAACCUCCAUGAGCAGGACUACACAGGCUUGUGUCCCCUGCUGGAGAGGCUGAGGAACGAUGAGCUGCUGUGGCUCUGGAACAGCAGCACGGCACUCUUUCCCUCGGUGGCGAUCAGGAGAAGUCACACCAACAGCAUCAGCAAUCUGCACUUCUCUCAGCACCGGAUCAGGGAGUCGCUCCGCGUCUCCUCGCUGACCUCCAAAGAGUACGACCUCCCCACUUACGUGUACUUGAGGCUGGGCUACCGAGAUGAGGCCCUGGCCUUCCUCACCGCGAAAGACUUGAUCCACACCAUCGGGGAGAGCGCCGCUCUGGGAGCUGCAGGAUUUGUCAUCUGGGGAGACUUGAACCUGACCUCGUCCAGGCACAACUGCUCCAAGGUGAAAGCCUUCCUGAACUACCGCCUGGGUCAGUACAUCACCAACGUGACUCGAGCCGCUGAGGUCUGUAGUGAUUACCUCUGCCAGGGGAACGGUCGCUGUGUCCGCCGGGACCCCCUCACCCCUCACUACCUCCACCUGAGCACCAAGAGCUAUCGCAUCCGUCGCUCCGGUGAUGGGGAGUUCACCGUCACCGGGUGGCACUCACAGCAUGAGCUGCAGCUGCUGACUGACAGGUUUAGGUGUCACUGCUAUGAAGGCCAUGAGGGCGAGCACUGCGACAGCAUCAACAUAGUGAAGGAGGACGACAGGCCGUGGGGAGACAACGAGGAGGACGAGCAGGAGAGGAAGAGGACAGAGUGGGAAGACGAGCAGGGUGACGGCCCGGAGGCAGGGGAGAGUGAGGCAGCACGGAGCGGGUGCAGCCUUCACCUGAUGUUGCUGAUGCUCCUAUUGAACUUAUCGUUUGCAAAAACAUUUGUAUGAUGCACUCUGACUGAAAGAGUAGUUAUUCUUACCACAGCUGUGUACUCAAGUUUGAGGGAUGAUAUGGCACUUUACAUUAAAACAGAGAUUUGACAUGUUGACUUGAAACAUGAAGGUCCGUUUGAUUGUAAAACAGUUCACCUGGUUGAACAAUCUGUGCUUCUUUUUUUGGCCGACAACUGCAUUUGUUUUUCUUGUCAUGUUAACUGGGGACUGUAGAUGUAACUGUACGUUAGACUUUAUACCGCAUAAUGUUCAUGAAAGAGGCCUGUUUGAAAAGCUUUACUUCCAAUUUCACUGCAGUGUCCCUUUUUGUUUAACUGUUAAAAGCCUCUCAGAUGGUUUUUAUGAACACACAAAAGCUGAGACUUUCAAUGGAAAACCAAAGGGUAUUAAUACUAACCACUCAGACAUACAGUACGUAGGUAAACAAUCACUAACCUUUUAACGCUUGGUCUGUGGUGUUUUUUAUCCUUCUAAAGGACAAAAGACAGAUCCUAAUUUCUUCAUUUUUUGUGUUCUAGUCAACUAAAAAGUUUUGAAAUAUGUCUGUUGAUUUCGUCAUCAGUGAGAUGGGCUGCAAUGGCUGCGAUGUAAUGUCUUUAAGAAAACCACUUGCUCAAAAAACGUCCACUAAAAGCGCUUGUUUCUGUGACUGGCACAUUGAUUGUUCUGUUAUAGAACCAGGAUCCCCUCAGAGAUUGACCCUUUGUUGCGUUGAGCAGAAACUGUCUGUAUUCAAAUCUACCAGACUCCAUUGAUAAAAAAUUUGAUGAUGGUCUAUGUUGCCUUGAUCAAUUAGUCUGUUUGUUAUGUUGGGCUGAAUCUGAGCUAACCCUCGCAAGCUGCGUUCAGGUCGCAGUCUCCCCUGGAGGUGUUGGUUCGACUCCCACUUCUGACACAUUUGUUCAUUAAUGGGGGCGGCAGUAGCUCAGUGGGUAGUGACCUGGGUUGGGAACCGGAGGGUCCCAGUGUGGACCAUGUCUGCAACUUGGUCUGGUAGCUGGAAAGGUGCCAGUUCACUUCCUGAGCACUGCCAAUGUGCCCCUGAGCAAGGCAUCAAAACCCCCCACCAGCUCACAACCGCCUCCAUUGGUGCAUGUCCACAGGAUCCUGUUUGUGCAUGUGUGUGUAUAUCAGCUUGUGUGUGUAGCAUGUUCAACAACAGAGUGUAAAAUUGAAUUUCCCCUCGUGGGAUUAAUAACGUUUAUCAUCUUAAAACAAAGUAACUGGUCAAGGUGGAAGACUAGCAACUUCAAUAAUGGUAACGUUUUGUGAAUGGAGUCUGCUGGUUUUGAAUAGAGGGGUUUAACAGCUGUUUCUAGUUUCUCAAAAAGGAUUUCACUCUUUUAGAAAAAUGCUCAUAUCCUUUGGGAUCCUUCCAGUUGUUUGACACUUUACAAAAUGUUAGAAAUGGCAUGACUUGUUUAUUCCUCAACAAAAGAUUGUUAUCUCAGUUGACAUCAUACAUGGGGUGUGUAUUUUUUUGUUUCUUAUACUCUGGUAGAACACCUUGUCAGGGAACACCUCGUAUAUGAGCCUGUUGUGACGUGAUGCAUACAUGUAGGUGCUUUUCACUUUGAUUUUUCAUAUAUCUGUAUCUUAACUUUUUGUUUGUUUGGUUUAUUAUAAGCCAUAAAGCUCAGAAUAUUGCUUGUUUUUGUGAUUUUGUAUAGGUUUAUGUUGCUAUAGCUCAGUUCAGAGGAUUCAGAUUAACAGACUGUGUUUAGCUUUUGAUAUAUUUUUCAUCUUAUUGUGAGCAAGUGAUGUCUCCAUAUCUGAAGCUGCUGUACAGUACAGUACUGUAGGUAUGACGAAACACUGAACAGGAUGUGAAAAGAUGGCACAUACUAUCAGUACACAUGACUCAGCGGCUCUGUGUGGUUUUAGAGGUCUUCAACGCCUUCUUCUUGCCAAAGUCAGGUAUCAGUUCAAACCAAAGAUGAGUUGUAAAGCGUUGAGUUAAGUGUUAAGCGAAUGUAUCCUGUAAAAAUGAUGGGAAGUUAGUAGCUGACUGAUGCAAGGUUGGGGGUCUUUGAAGCUGUGUUUAGACCAAAAGGCAAAGCUAAUGUUUCAUGCUGAGCAGUCGAUGCAGACUUGCAAAAAUACAUUGCUUGUGCAUUGUGUUGCAAAAUCUUUGAGACUCUCCUGAUGCACCGUUGUUGCGUCAAAGAGGAUCCAUUCAAAAUGCAUCAAAAAAUACAAAAGUGUUUUGCCAAUUUUUUUCAUAUGACAACAAACAUCACAUUGGUUGGUUUGGAACGCAAAGACAAGCAGGGGAUGGUUUAGUUUGGAGAGGACUUGUUUUUAAGUGCACAUUUCUUCCACUUAGGAUGAAGAAAAAAAAAUUGGCAAAUCUUGUCAUUAACAUACACUUUCCACAUCUGCCAUUUAAUUUACUAUGUAUACAAUCUCUACACUUUGUACACCUCAUGAAGACCACUUUAUGUUUUUCUACAGCGUUGACUUUUUUUGGCAGCUGCACAUUCAAAAAGUCAAUCAAAGGGAUCUACUUAAACUGACUGGAACUGGCUAACUUGAUGAAAAAACGGCAUUCAACUUUAUAGUCUUUAGCAGAAUUCUUAAUCAUUUUAAGGAAAAUCAAAUCCAAAGUAUGUGCAUUGAUCUCAGACUAAGUUCUACCUUUCUUUAACUUUCUAGUCUUCAAAGUGACAUGUAGCAUCUGUCAGCUUUGAAACACUGACCCUGGAGUAAACUGAACCAGUAUUUUCAUCUCAAACAAGCCUUCAGGUGAGGUUCAGAUCUCAAGGGUUUCACUUUACACAUCACUAACAGUGUCUGACAGUUAUCAUAUUUCUUUUUUUUUUUUAAAUUGUAAACUAAAUAUGCAACGAAGACUAUGCAACACAUGAAAAAUGUUACCUGAAUGUAAAUGCACUGCAAAU